GCCCUAUUUCAUCCCAGCAUGUGGGGGUUCAAUGUCACAGAACAAACGUUCCCUUACGAUAAUCGGCCUGUAGCCCCUCUCACGAACUACACUUUUGACGAGUGGUGGUUCCACGGUCACCUCGAUUUCCCCCCUCAUCCUUCCGACGUCUUCCAACUUCCUGCUGGGGGUGCAGCUACAACCGAAAUUUCUUGCGACAAAGGCGCUACCUCAUUCUUCGCCUCGUCUCCUGGCGGAGAUGUCCGUCAAGGUGACAAUGUCUGCCCAAACCAACCUAUAGCCGAAUUCCAUACUACGGGUUUCGAUGAUCUCAAAGGUUGCGCGCUUGCUAUUGCGUACAAGAGUAACGCGAGCGAGGUUGUCCCGGAGGAUUUCACGGUGUUCAGUGUCAACCAGACGUGUGUAUGGACGAGGUUCACGGACUUUCAAGUCCCGGAAAGGAUGCCUGAGUGUCCGAAUGGGAUGUGUACUUGUGCGUGGUUUUGGAUACAUUCAGCCGACAGCGGAGGUGAACAAAAUUACAUGACAAGCUUCCAAUGUAACAUCACCGGUGCAACGUCUACCGUUCCACUUGCGAAACCUCAAGUCCCUCGUCGCUGUGGCGCGGAUCCGGAAUUCGGCAAAGAACUUGCGUCUCUUUCAAACUGUACAUACGGCGCCAAACAACCACUGUACUGGUUCCAGGCAGAAAAUAACACCAUGUUUGAAGGUGCUCACGCACCACCGUUCUAUACCGAUCUGUACAAUUUCGUUGAUGGACCUCAGAACGAUAUUUUUGAAGACUCGUAUCUCCAGAUCCCGAUUCCGUCUCCUGUCGCCGCCUUUCCUGUUUUAAACCAAACAGUAUCAGUUGGCGUCAAUGUUCCCUUUGCUUCAUCCGGCAGUAACUCCUCCACUAUUGACCCCAGCUCUGAGAGCAACACAAACAGCGGAAGUACAGACCUGGAGGCUGGUGCUUGGUGUGUAUCUGCUCCUUUCCUCCUUGUACCUUUGAACAAGUCACUGACAGUUCAAUCUCAAUAUAUGUAG